CUGAGGCUUGGUUAGUUUUUAAGUUAGAAGCCUUGGGCCCCACAGGACACACAGAUUGGGGCUGAGGCUCUGCAGGGAGGGGCUUUCCAGAGCCGCCCAGAGCCAGGCCGGCCCCCAUCCCACCCUCCUGACGGCGUCUUCUGUAAGUUCGCCCAGAAGCCACCUCUGUGGGACUCAGGAAGCCCCAGUUCCAGUACUGGCCCCCCUGCUCUGAGGCCAGGGAGGAUCACUGACUCUGGGAGAAGGCACAGGGACAGCACACGAGGCUGUGCACAGAGCAAAAGAGACAGCCGGUGACAGUGGGAGGCCGGGCAGCUGCCUCCCUUCCCACUGCCCUGGGCCCCAUGAUGGGCUGUUCACACCUGUCUUUCUGUCAUCUCUGGGCUGGGAGCCCCCUGAGGGCAGUGGCAGGCUGACCUGUGUUCACCUUGAGCUCAGAACCUGGACAGUCUUUGUGGAGGGAGCUGCAGGUGGGAGGGAGGUCAAGGCACGGGCCCCGCGGGACCACCCCAGACUUGGGGAAUCUGGGCAGAAUCCCCCCUGCUCAGGGUGGGUCUUCCCGCCUCCCUCCCUCCCCCACUGUCCAGGACCCCCAGCCUGGGCCCCCAGGGAGCUCCAUGGCUGCCCUGCAGCCCCAGGGGGAGCAGCUCUAGGAAGCCAGGGUGGGCUGGGCCUGGGGGUUGCAGGGUCUCCACCUAGCCCUGACACCCACUCCCUGGCAACUGGGAAAUCUCUCACCCCUCGGGGUCACAUAUUCCUUGUCUGAAGUUCGGGGCUCAUCACAGCGUCCCACAGAUGGGGGAUAGGAAUGCCAGGAGGGAUGGGGACAGGAGAGUUGGGAAAACCCUGCUCGGAGGCAAGGUGGCAUGGGGCUGAGGGGGCUGGAGCUGAAGGCCCUCCACCUCAUCCUCUUCUUCUCAGUGGCACACCCCCAAAAGGGCAGGCUCAGGCCCUUCAACAUCUGGGGACAGCAGGGGCCUGGGGACUGCCGAGCAGGCACCAGUGUCACCACCCUGGAGACUGGAGGGAAAAGCCGGCAGGUGCCCCCGUUCACUCGUGCUGGGUGUGGUCUCCGGCCCCUAGCCCUACUUGCAGCAGCCCAUCCCACUGCAGGCAGGACACACGUGUCCCUGGAUCCCAGCUCCUCUCCACCACGGCUCGCCUUCCUUCUCGGCACCCGGCUCUGUCACCCAGAACCCUGGACUGGGCAGGGGGCUGACGGGCUUUUUCUGCAUGGCCACGUCCUGUCUACACCGGCAGGAUCACCCUGCUGACUCAUGCUGGGGUGGACUCACUGUGGGUUCACCUCAGCAUGGGAAUAUUUGGAUUUGAGAAUAUUUUAAUACAGACUAUGAAAAUUCCUCCAAAAUCAACCUCCUUGUUCAUAUUCUGUUCUGUUCUUGGAGCCCUCAGUGGACAGGAAUCGCAAACAAGAUCAUCCAGUCCUCCUCUGCCUGCUUUCAGGGAGACCUCUUAAUGUGAGCUGUCCGACUCUGUCAGAAGCAAAGGCAAAACCUGGCCGGUUGUCUCUUUAAAUCGUCUCUGCAGUGUGACGGGCAGCCGGACGGCGGGCUGGGAAGAACCAUUCCCUCCUGCCGAGGGGAGCGGGCCACAGCGCCUGCCGCCAUCAGCGCCUCCCCCAUCCCCAUGGUUACGGCUCCUGCUUCCCGGCCGGUCCCUCAUCCCGGCUCUCGCCCGCGGAAGACGGCGCAAAGGCGGCUGGCACUCCUCACGCCGGAGUUCUGGAAGCUGCCUGCUGAGAAUCGCGUUGAAUGUCUGCUGGUCCUGGCUCUGACUCAUUCCCUCGGGUGCAGAGCCCCUGUCGCCGUUGCCCGGCUGCAGCCCUGCAAUCUGUUGAUAACUCCUCUCGCAGGCUCCAGCGUGUCGCCUCUUGGAAUGGAAAGCUGCUCCCAGGCACGGAGAACUCACCGCGUCGCGCCGGCAGCGGGAAGCACAGGACCGUUGCCGCUCCAGCUGUUUUUGCCAAAAUAGGUGGGUGCAGCCUCUCAACCCUCACCUGCCCCAUCACGGUCACCUGAGACACCCUGCCCAGGGCUUGACCCUGUGGCCGCCGUGUGGUACCGUGACCUUCUGGACGGCCAUGGAGGCUGGUGGGGAGCAGGGUGCGACAUAAUCGACCCAGCCAGCGAUGCCGUCUCCAUCCGUGCUCACACUUCAGUGACUUCAAGGUGCUCAUGGAUUUGAAGGCCGUCCUCUCCCUGCCCCAGGACCCAGGGGAGUUCCUGCACCCCGUGGUGUAUGCUUGUACCGCCGUCAUGCUGCUGUGCCUGCUCAUCUCCGUCGUCACCUACAUGGUGCACCGGAGCGCCAUCCGGAUCAGCCGGAAAGGCCGGCACACGCUCCUGAAUUUCUGCUUCCACGCGGCUCUGACCUUCACGGUGUUUGCUGGCGGCGUUAAUCGCACCAAGUACCCGAUCCUGUGCCAGGCGGUGGGCAUCCUCCUGCACUACUCCACGCUCUCCACCAUGCUGUGGAUCGGAGUGACCGCCAGGAACAUCUACAAGCAGGUGACCAAGAAGGCCCCACCGUGCCCCAGCCCAGACCAGCCAGCCGACCACAAGCAGCCCCUGCUCAGGUUCUACCUCAUCAGCGGAGGGGUUCCCUUCAUCAUCUGUGGGGUCACAGCCGCCACAAACAUCGGGAAUUAUGGGACGGAGGAUGAGGACUCAGCAUACUGCUGGAUGGCCUGGGAGCCCAGCCUGGGGGCCUUCUAUGGGCCAGCUGCCUUCAUCGCCCUGGUCACCUGCGUGUACUUCCUUGGCACCUACGUCCAGCUACGGCGCCACCCGGAACGCAGGUACGAGCUCAGGGAACGGACGGAGGAGCAGCAGCGGCUGGCGGGGCCUGAGGCCGGCCACAGCCCCAGGGCCCCGCGGGUCACCCCUCCCACCUGUGACGCCCUGGCCACCUCACUGCUGCAGAACGAGCACUCUUUCAAGGCCCAGCUGCGGGCUGCCGCCUUCACACUGUUCCUGUUCAUGGCCACGUGGACCUUCGGGGCGCUGGCCGUGUCGCAGGGCCACUUCCUGGACAUGGUCUUCAGCUGCCUGUACGGCGCCUUCUGUGUGACACUGGGGCUCUUCGUGCUCAUCCACCACUGCGCCAAGCGGGACGACGUGUGGCACUGCUGGUGGUCCUGCUGCCCCUCCCGCGGGGACGCCCAUGCCACAAAGCUCAGCACCCACCCUGCUCUUGACGCCAACGGGGACGCACUGGGGCACGCGGCCUGCCUGCAGGACUCACCAUGUCCUGGCAAGCCGCGGUCCUUCGGCCACCUGCCCGCCGGCCACUGCAAGAUGACCAACCUGCAGGCUGCCCAGAGCCAUGUCAGCUGCCUGUCACCAGCCACGCCCUGCUGCUCCAAGAUGCACUGUGAGCAGCUGAUGGAGGACGCAGCCCACAUCCACGUCCACGAGGAGGGUGCCUGCGGGCCUGACCCGCACCUGCACAGGUGCCUCCAGGGCAGAACUAAGCCUCACUACUUCAGACGGCUCGGGGCGGCCGCGGCUGAGCAGGAGUGCGCCUACCACAUCCCGUCCAGUCUGGACGGCAGCCCCCACAGCUCACGCACGGACAGCCCCCCCAGCUCACUUGAGGGCCCAGUGGGGUCGCACACGAUGGCCUGCUGCUCCCAGGGUGACCCCUUCCCCUUGGUCAGCCAGCCCGAGGGUGGCGACGCCAGCCCCACGCUCUUCGGCUGCCCCCCACGGCCAGGCAGGGAGGUGGCCCAUGGCCCGGCCCACUUCGAGAUGCUCCGGAGGACACAGUCCCUGCCCUUUGGCAGCCCCGGCCAGAACGGGCUGCUCAAGGGUGACAUGCACGAGGCUGUGCCCUACAGCACCGAUGGCACAGGCAACAUCCGGACGGGGCCCUGGAAGAAUGAGACAACUGUGUAGCCAGGCCUUGCGUCACCAUGCCUGUGCCCACACGGCCACUCACCACCGUGCCCUGGACAAGUCAGAGCAGAGUGGGGCCCUCUGCCGUGGGAGGUCGGCGGGGGGGUCACCAAGUGACCAAACCUCUCUAAAGGGGCCGGAACCCCCACUGACCCUUUGUUGUGAAGGACCGAACAGGAAGACGCUUUGGGCCAUGUCUGCCUCAGCUAAUCUGAGGUCAGCUGGGCCAUCCACAUCCACAGUCCUGCAGCACCCAGUGUCCAGGCAGCCCAGAGACGGAGCGAGGUUCUAUCAGAGGAAACGCCUCAGGCCCCGCGUGGUUCCUGGCAGCCCUGCCUGCCUGGCUGCGGUGGGCCUGGCCAUGGCAGGAGGCACCCCUGGUAUCCCCUAGCAUUUAAUGUGUGUUCUGUUAAGCUUUGUUCCAAGGGGCCGGCAGCCUGGACCUGAGCAGUUGCUGAGGCCCCUCUGCUGUUCCCAUGUCUGAGUCACAGGAACCAUGUCGGCAUCUCUGCCCGGCACCGCCUCCACCUUCAGCCCCAUCCUGGAUGCAGCCCCAGCCCCCGAGGCCUGAGAGUGUCACCGAUCUUGGGUCACCCAGCUGCCCUCGGGGGCAUGUGGGCAGAGGGAGCAGCCUGUGCCUUUGGAAAUGCCCACGUGUCCUUCAACGGAGACUUGACUUCCAAAGCCAGCUGCCGCCAGGACUGGAUGCAGCCCCAACGUGCACGUUUGGGAAGAAUAAAGCUCCCUGCUCCAAAAAGAAGAGGAGCUGGCCUUUCCAAGAACAUCUGGAUAUGAAGUCUUGACUUGGAAGACAGAUGUUGAUUCCAGUGGGACUUCUGCAGAAGCAGGAGGCCCAUCCCACAGAGGGGUCCGUGGGUCCCCACAGAGGCAGAAAGCCUGAACAUUCAGAGGGACGUGCGUGUGAGGCUGAGCACAGUGGUUCCGCCCUCCCUUCCUCCUCCAGGUCUGUGGCACACGUGCAGAUACAUGUACACACACACACAUGCACACACGUGCCCUUGUCCAUGCUCACACUACGUGUGCACAUGCCGUCUAUAUGCAUGUGUGCAUCGUGUGUACACACUCUACACAUGCACAAUACAACACCAUAUACAUGUGCAUGCAUGCAUACACAUGCAGUGCAUGCAGCAAUACACCACAGUGCACGCACAUGCAGUGCACACAGCACAUACACCACACAUGAGCAUACACAGUACAUCGUGCACAUGCAGGUGGUGUGUUUUCCAGCCGUCCGAGCACUGAGUUUUCACUGCACUGCACAGACAUCAUCACCAUGGCUCUCCACUGUGCUCUGCCGUCUGGGCGGGGGGCCUGCACCCGGAGCAGACCCUUCCUGACACAUACCUGGGAGGAGUGGGGAUUGCGUCGGGGUGUCCCAGAGUCCGACGCUCAGCAUCUGAGCACGCAGAGCCUCAGUUCCCAGGAUUCUUGGAAACCUGAUAGUGACGUUCUAACAUACCGUGGUGUGCUGUACCUGCCACGGACCCCGUGUGUCCUCACAGGUCACCCAGAGGCAACCUCACAGAGUAACCGGAUGACCGCCGGCGGUUCCUUUCGCCUUCACUGCCCGACCUGUUCACCUGCUUCCGUAGCCAACAUGAACCAGAGACCAAGGCUGUGCUGUGUACACGCUGUAGAUGCAGAACUGUCAACGAAAUACAGUAUUUUGCAUUGUC